CUGGGGUUCGAGGAUGUGAUCGCGGAGCCCGAGCUAACCCACUCCUUCGACAAAGUCUGGAUCUGCAGCCACGCUCUCUUUGAGCUCAGCAAGUACCUGAUCUACAAGCUCCUGACUCUGGUCCUUGCCAUACCGCUGGCCCUGGUUCUGGGGAUCGUCUUCGCGGUGCUUAGCUGUCUGCACAUCUGGAUUGUGGUGCCUUUCGUGAAAACCUGUCUCAUGGUCUUGCCUUCAGUGCAAACUAUAUGGAAGAGCCUGACAGAUGUUUUCGUCGUACCGUUCUUUCAGAGCAUAGGCCGAUGCUUUGCCAUGGUUAAUAUACGGCUGGACCAAGAGUAA